AUGCGUGUGCGGCUGUGUGUAACUCCGUGUGCGGCUACAUCAUUCUUAUAUGUUGCCCUAAUAAUUUUGGGUGUUGACUUUCAGAUUAAGAUGGGAGACAUGGAGUUUGCUAAAGCUCAUAAUUCUGCAAUUUUUUUGGAAGACCCUCCUGCAGCCCACAGUGACUUGAAAUUCAUUGUGGAUGGUUUGAAGAAAUCAUGCUUGGUUCAUGCCCUAACUACAAGUCCUGCUAUCUACCAAUGUUUGAUUAAGGAAUUCUGGAGGAAUGCUGUUGUAAAGAAGAAUGGUCAGGGUGAAAAAUUUGUUGAAGCAACAAUUGAAGACAAUAAAAUCCAAGUAACAUAG